CGUCUGCGUCGUCUGUUGCAUGACAACACGUACGCACAUCACGAACGUGCGUUUUGCCGUCUGCGUUGUCGUUCAUGAAACAUGGAAUGGCGAACAGUGGUGGUGAUAGUGCUGAUCGUGAGCCUUUGCUUCUUUAUCGUGCCGAUCAAAGUAGAUUUCGAUAAAACUGAGAAGGACGCGGAACUGUUCGCCAACUACAUAGCCCGAUAUAAUAAAUCCUACAGGAAUGAUCCCGCGAAAUAUGAAGAGCGAUUUGAGCAUUUUCAGAAAUCAUUGAGACAUAUCGAAAAGCUAAAUAGUUUACGAUCGUCGCAAGAAAGCGCAUACUACGGGCUAACAGAAUUCUCCGAUUUAUCCGAUGAUGAAUUCAUACAACAAGCACUAAUUCCAGAUUUACCUUUACGGGGCCAAAAACAUACAACAGCGUCAUAUUAUCAUCAGCAUUUUAUGGGCUCGGUUAAUCGUAUGAAAAGAAUGAUACCAAUAAUCGGCAUACCCUCUAAAUUUGAUUGGCGAGAUAAAGGGGUCGUAGGACCAGUUAUGAGCCAAGAGAAUUGCGGCGCUUGUUGGGCGUUCAGCACUGUCGGGGUGGCCGAAUCGAUGUAUGCCAUCGAAAACGGAACUUUGCAUUCCUUUAGUGUACAGGAAAUGAUCGAUUGCAUGCCAGGCAAUUUCGGAUGUCAGGGCGGUGACAUAUGCAGUUUACUCUCGUGGCUGUUGGCCUCAAAAACAAGAAUUAUAUCUGAGAUCGAUUAUCCUCUCACAUUGCAAACCGACACGUGUAGAUUGCAUAAAAUUUCUGCGAAGACGUCGGGAGUUAGAAUAACGGACUUCACAUGCGACAGCUUUGUAGACGCGGAAACUGAACUUUUGACGUUGCUCGUUACUCAUGGACCCGUGGCGGUUGCCGUGAACGCCAUAUCUUGGCAGAAUUAUUUAGGUGGCAUAAUACAGUAUAACUGCGAUAGUUCAUUCAACAGCCUAAAUCAUGCGGUACAGAUAGUGGGAUAUGACACGGAAGCUCGUAUACCACAUUAUAUCAUUAAAAAUUCGUGGGGACCAUCCUUUGGCAAUAAAGGUUACAUUUAUAUUGCGGUUGGCAAGAAUUUAUGCGGUAUAGCCAAUCAGGUCUCUUCGCUCCAAGUUGUUUAAUCAAUCAAUGAAUGUUAAAUUGCAACGUUUUCAAUUUCUAACAAAAUAAAUUAAUUAGUAGAGUAAUGCUGUGAAAAAAUAUGACUGAAUAAAAUACUUUAUUAAGAAUAUUGUUAAUUAUGUUUCUCAUAUUGUUUGUUAUCUCAGAAAGCUAUCAAUAUGACUGCUUUAAUAUAAAAGGUGAUCCAAGACGAAAAGUUAAUCUUUCGAAAAGUGAGACAGUGAUAUAUACAAUUAUUAGAAACUAUACACAGUCAUAUCUUCCUAAAGAGUCCGCCGAUUUUUCUUGAUUUUCAUCUGUGUUUUCCAAUCAUACAGUGCAAUUGAUAACUUCGUUAUCAUUUGCUUUAUCAACAUACGAAACUGUGACUUAGUUAGUAU